AAUAACAAUUUACCUAUAAAACCCACCCACCUGUCCCCUCGACUCUCCGUACCUCAUAGCUAUCUAUUAUUUCUCAGUUCAAGAUGGCGCCGGUCAGACGAGAAAUUAGUAAAAACAAAAGCUUAGUCUUGGCUCGAAGCCAUCACAAAUCUCAAAGUGUGAACAAAUGCAAGAGGAAUAAAUUAGCCGUUGGGAAAAAAUUGUACAAAUCCAGCAUUCAGAGAGCAAAGGAAAUUGUUCGAAUUAAGAGAAGGGAAAGUGGAUUGGCAAAGAUGAUAGAAGAGAAAAGGAUGAUGACCGAGUCACUAAGGGCAACCCAAAGAGAUGCGGCAGAGGCUGAGGAAAGGUUGAGGUUGAUGGAGAGGAGAAGGGAUGAGAUGAUUGGUAUUGCCAUCCUCUUUAUGCUAAUAGGGGUAUUGGACUCUUUGCUCAUGUUCAUGUUGGGUUUCUAUUGAAACAAAUGGAGUCUUUGAAAAGUUCAACAAUCAACAUCAUUUUGUGGUACACUUUACUUGA